AUGUCCGACUCCGAGCGGGAAGAAGUCUCUGGGUCUGGACUGUCGAUAAUUCCGUACGACAACAACAGAGACCUUGCUUUACGCCAUGCUGACACGGUCGUAUACUUUGAUCCUCGUACAAAUGUUCCAACCUUGUUCCGUGAUCGAGGCACCCACGAUCUUGAACGUCGCUCGAACAAGGACGACCAUUGUCCUACCUGCAAUCGUCCCUGGCACGAGGCUGGCAACCUCGCCGGAUCAGCCGGGCCGCCGACAGCAGUGGAUGAGCCCAAUUUCAUUACGAGCGACUAUUUCCAGAGACUGGCGCUGAGUCUUCCGGGUUCUGCCGAGCCCUCUGCGCCACCCUCUCCCCGAAGACGACUAGCACAGCCCGUCAUCAACGGUCCUCGGACCAGGUCGCGACUUGCAUCUCCAGCCGCCGACCGGGCUGCCACCCCUCCACCAAAUGCCGAGUUUGUGGGUAGCUCACCAGCGCCACCCAGUGCAGCAAAUGGAAUCUCAGAGGCAGCCUUCGCUCCUCAGUACUUUCAGAAGUUCUUCACCGUGGAGCGAGAACUUGGCAGAGGAGGGCGGGGCGUCGUACUCUUGGUCAAGCAUAUCCUUGACGGCGUUCACCUUGGUCGUUUUGCUUGCAAGCGUGUACCUAUCGGUGAUGAUCACGGCUGGCUGGAGAAGGUGUUGGUCGAAGUCCAGGCCUUGACUCAGUUGUCUCAUCAGAAUCUGGUGUCGUACCGACAUGUCUGGCUAGAGGACUUCAAAAUCAACGCCUUCAGUCCAUCGGUCCCAUGUGCAUUCAUCUUGCAGCAAUAUUGCAACGGAGGUGAUCUGCACAAUUAUGUCUGUAGCGAUGCUCAGACGGUGCCCUCCACUCAACAGCUGAAAGAACGAAUUCGUCGUCACUCACGUGGCGAAACCGACAUGCCUCUAAACACAGCUACUGGACCGAAGAAGUUACACUUCGAUGAAAUAUACUCAUUCUUCCGGGACAUUACUGCUGGCUUACGAUUUCUGCAUCACCAUAGUUUCGUGCAUCGAGAUCUCAAGCCAUCCAACUGCCUCCUUCACACUGUUGCCGAUGAGACACGAGUCUUGGUGUCAGACUUCGGAGAGGUGCAAUAUGAAAAUGCAGCCCGUAAGUCGACUGGGGCGACUGGCACUAUCAGCUACUGUGCCCCGGAAGUGCUGCAGCGCGCGUCCCCAGAUGGAUCGUACGGCAACUUUACCUUCAAAAGCGAUAUCUUCAGUCUGGGAAUGAUCUUGCACUUCAUGUGUUUUGCAGACCUGCCCUACGCAUCUGCAGAUGUACUUUUCGAGGAGAGAGAAGAUGUCGACAAGCUUCGCGCCGAGAUCUCAGCUUGGGCGGGGUUUGACGAGCGCAAGAAACAGCGGCCCGAUCUGCCCGGAGAGCUCUAUCCCUUCCUCAAACGCUUACUAAGUAUUGAUCCUCAGUUCAGACCUACGGCCGAAGAAGUCGAUCGGGGCGUGAGCACCGGUAGGUUGAGCGAUCUGAUGCCAGAGCUGAGCCGGAGACGAGGCAGCGUGCCUAUGGAGGAGCUGACACCGGGCAGACGUAUCCAGAAGCUGGACACUCCGAAGGAGGGCAACUCGCCGCAGAGACCUCCCUCGGAUGGGAAAGCUGGACCUGGCCUGCUCCUGCGCCCAAAUCGGCCCCUGGCCACUAAUCGCCCGCGGUCACAGGAGAGAACGAAUCCCGCCUCUCGACUGUCUCAGCAUAGAGGCAGGACACAGCGAGACGGGACAGCACGGCGAUCACCCCGAGGCUUCCACGUGUCAAAUGCCGCAAAUCUCGACUCGUCACUCAUACUACGUCCACGACAGCGUCAGACCACUGCUCAAUCCAUGCCGACAUCUCCCGUCACAGAGCAACCUCCACCAUCGCUACAUAGUCCGGUGCUUGAGAGGAAACCUCAGCUCCUGCUUCCGCCCGCACCACGGCAGUCGUCAAGGAGGGAUCGAAUCGCGGCCUUCGCCACUCGACCCGUAGACACGCCACUCGUCCGCAGCUUGAUUCUACUAGCCAAGGUCUUCAGUGUGCUACAUCCCUGCCUGAGCAUAUCAGGCGGUGGUCUCAACACUGCUGCUAUCUAUCCAUUGAUCGUGCUCGCUGUGACCGAGUUCUCGCUUCCGUCACCACCAAGGGUGCACACGAGCAUGCUAUUUGCAUUUGUGCAUGGCGUUGCUCUGACGAUGGCGCUACGGUGGGGUCUUCUAUGCAGUCCUUCGUCCAGUAUUUGGACCUGGAGCCGGAGAAAUGGCGUGGACGAGCUGUGGAAUGCUGGGCACGACGGCUAA